GCUAUCUCUGUCUAUUCUUAGGCGUCCCGUUCAGCCUGAGCAGGCAGGUCCUCUUCUUUCUCCUCUCAGCUGCUGUGGCUCUUCCUCCCAUUCUCCUUCGGUUUGCGGAUUUCACACCUCUCCUCUCUCUGGUUCUUCCUGCCAUCACCUGUUCCACCUCCUCUCUCUGUCCUCUUUCAGAGCCCAGCCCUCCAGCCCGUUCGGGUGUUAAUCGAGGAUCUGGUUAAAAUUCUGAAGAGGAUUUUGUUGUCUGAAAGAAUGAGCAGCUACACUGUGACUCUUCCUGGCCCCGGCCCCUGGGGCUUCAGGCUGCAGGGAGGAAAGGACUUCAACAUGCCGCUGACCAUCUCCAGGAUUACUCCUGGCAGUAAGGCGGCACUGGGCAACCUUAUCCAGGGCGACGUCAUCGUCGCCAUCGACGGCGUCAGCACCGAAGGCAUGACCCACCUGGAGGCUCAGAACAAGAUCAAGAUGGCCAAUCACAGCCUGGCGCUCACUAUGUCAAAGUCAAAACGACCCCCUCCACUGGCAGCACCAAGAAUAGACUCCGGGAUUUCCAUGAUCCCCCAUCAGCAGCUAAAUGGCUGCAAGUCUGCCUGUAUUGCCUCCCCUGGGCCUCUAGAGGCAGACUCACCCAGGAGGAGGGCGGCGGUCAGCCCCCCUCAGAGGAGGCAGUACAAUUCCCCCAUCGGCCUGUACUCAGAGGAAACUCUGAGAGAGAUGGCAGCAAUGCAGAAAGGUCUGCCAGGAGGUCCUCUCCCAGGUAAUCAGCCGCUGGUGGACAGCUCCUCCCCGGUCUAUCAGGCUGUUCAGGAUGCAGAAAAGUACCUGGACCCGAUGGAAGGUGGCCACCGAAGCUCCAACGUGCAGUCUAAGUCCUUCCAAGUCCUGGCUCACAUGAUCCAAACUGAAUCUUCUCUGCAGAAGCAAGAGGAGGAGGAGGAGAAGGUAACAAGGAGGAGCAGCCAGUAUGGCCCACCACCAACUAUGCAUCAGCCUCUACAGGCUCCGCCCCCUCAGCAAUACCAGCAAAUGCCUCAGCAGUACCAGCAAGUACCCCAGCAGUACCAGCCAGUACCACAGCAGUACCAGCCAGUUCCCCAGCAGUAUCAGCAGUCACCCCAACAUCAAGCCCCGCCCACACAGCAGAGUUCCAUUCAGAUCCCUGUUGGGUCUGGUGCCCCAAAGGUUGUCAGCACUGCAUGCAUCUACCCCUCCCAGCCUGCUCCAGCUCAACUGCCGCCCCAACCCCACCCUUCAGCUGCAGCCCCAGCCCCCCCUCCACCUGCUCCAGCCCCUACUACCUCCAACAGACCCCCAUGGGUGACUGACACCAACUUUGCUGAAAAGUUUGAAGCCAGCAAAACUACCACCACCACCAUGAAGGUUCAGCCGCUGCCGCAGGGUGCUCCUCCCCCACCAGCAUACAUUUCCAACCCUUCCCCUGUGGGGCCUGCAGCUCCCAGCCCGGCCCCCAUGACUCCCACCCCCGCCCCUUUUCCUCCUGUGGCGAGAGGUGUGGCCCAGAGGGCGGAGAGGUUUGCAGCAAGCAGCCGUACGCCAUUGUGUGGCGCAUGCAACAGCGUCAUCAGGGGCCCCUUCCUUGUGGCCCUCGGCCGGUCCUGGCAUCCUGAGGAGUUUAACUGCCACUAUUGCCAUGUGUCUCUGGCAGACGUGAGCUUUGUGGAGGAGCAGAACAAUGUUUACUGUGAGAACUGUUACGAGGAGUUCUUCGCACCAACUUGUGCCCGCUGCAACACCAAAAUCAUGGGGGAGGUGAUGCAUGCCCUGCGGCAGACGUGGCACACUACAUGCUUCGUGUGCGCAGCUUGUGGCAAACCCUUUGGAAACAGUCUUUUCCACAUGGAGGACGGAGAGCCGUACUGCGAGAAAGAUUACAUCGCACUCUUUAGCACAAAGUGUCAUGGCUGCGACUUCCCAGUGGAAGCUGGCGAUAAGUUCAUCGAAGCUCUGGGCCACACCUGGCACGACACCUGCUUCGUCUGUGCGGUCUGUCACGUCAACCUCGAGGGUCAUCCCUUCUACUCAAAGAAAGACAAACCUCUGUGCAAGAAGCAUGCCCACGCCAUCAAUGUGUAGGCAUACGCACCUGCCUCUGAUGUGGUCGCAGCGGCAAGGCGACGCUAUAACACCCCGUGUUUGCAAGCACACUAGUUAUUUGCAAUUACACUGAAAAGAAACUAUGCUGCCUGAUGAAUAUGCUCCUGAAUGGGAACAUCUGACCCCCGCCAAACCGGCUGUACUGUAGUUCCUCUUUUUUAUGUUUUCUACAAGAAACUCUGAGUGAAGAUGUGCUGUUAGCCCACAUCUCUGUAUGGAGUCUGCAGAGUGCAGAAAUACUUUCUUGUAGACUUUUUAGGUGUUUAAUUAUGAUUUGUUAUGAUAGAAGAUCCACUCCGACUCAGGAAAACUCCAUUCACAGCUCAUUUAUACUUAGAAUUAUAAUUUAAGUUUUUGGAAAAUAUUGGUUUGUAAAAUAUUUACAUUUUAAUUGAUAUUUUUAUUGUAAUUUUUAUUUAAUCAAGUCUUCUGCAACAAUAUGAAACAGAUCCUAAUUGAACCCUGAAGAUUCCAGAAGCGCUCUGGAGACUCCGUACAAUCAAGCUGAUCGUGUGCCUCUUUGACUAGUCUCGAUCCUUUGAGUGAUUUUUUUUCAUCUCAGAAUGAUGUUGUAUUGCUGUCAAGGUUGGCUUCAAAACUGUCACGUAAACUGCAGGAAUUAAAGAUAUGUACAUUCAUCUGUCAAGCCUUAGCUCUGGUAUCGCCUUCUUUGAGCUGCAGUCCAGCAGCCUAGUCCAGGUCUGACUCCUCUCCAGGUCUGCACCCUUGUCCAAGUGUGGUCCCGGUCCAGGUUUGACUCUGGUCCAGAUAUCCUUUAGUUAGAUUUCUGUUGCUCUUCUGACAGGAUUUGAAGAUGGAUGCUUGUUCACCGCUGCCUUCCUUCAGGUGUGUUUGUUUAGCAUCACAGUGUGUGUUUGGGUGUUGAUCUUUUUCUUCGUUUUGUAAGCACACUGUAAAGUCCUGAAACAUCCUGGGUCAGGCAUUUACAGUGUGAUCCCCCCGUCUCCUUACGUAACUGCAGAAAUGUUCAAACUCAAAUGUUCCUGCAAUAUUAGCCUUUAACGCGACUGAGUUAUUUUGAUGAGAAAAAACAGUAACUUUAACUUUGUUUUGUAUUCUUGGAGAAGAUCGUUUUGGAUGUGUUUAAACACAUUUGCUUCCUGUUUUUUAAGCAGCAUUUUAUAGCUUUGAGAUGAGUCGUAGCAGAACAAUGAGCUCUACGUUUCUCUGCCUUGUGCAGACUUUGGUGUUUUCUUGAAUAACGUCGUAAUUCUACAUCCAUCCUUCCAGUCUGUUCCAUUUGCCAGAGUUCAAGUCACUGGGACGGCAGUCUCAGCAGACCUCUGUCUGCCACCUCCUACAGGAGGAUACCAGAUUGUUCUCCAGACCUGCAGAGAUCUCAUUUCUCCAGUGCUGUAGGUCUCCUGCGGGGCUCCCUCCUGGUUGAACACAUCCUUAAAGCCUCACUGUGAAGGUGUCUGGGUGUCAUUUCCAGAAGUCCAAACUUCUUCAGCUGAUCUAUUAUGAAUUCCUCCUGGAUGUCUAAACCUCACCUCCUUCCUCAUAGGAGACCCGAGCCCCUCCUGAAAGAAGCUUAUUUUUGGCGCUUUUAUCCGUAAUCUUAACAGCUCAUCUGCACCCAAGGCUCAUGAUCAGAGGUGGGGGCAUGGAUGUAGCGGUAAACUGAGAUCUUUGUCUUCAGACUCGGAUCUUUCUGCAGUGCAUCAGAACAAGUUCCACAUUUCAGCAGCUGCACCGAUCCUUCUGUGGAUCUCAAACUCCAUCUUUCAUCACUGACAGCAGAGCAGGUACUUUAGCUCCUCCUUCUGGAGGAGGAGCUUCUUUCUAACCCAAAGUUGUGCCGUCAAAAAAUAAUAAUCUGGAUUUGAAGUUUGAGGUAUUUUCAGAUACUUUCUGAUUAAAGUCUGACAUACUGGAUGAACUCUGACUCUGGCUAACAGACAAAGCAGCAAACCCAAACAUGAUCAUUCUGACCUGAACUGAACCGUGCCACUCUGCAAACACGCAGCUAAAACUCGAUAUAUCUGAAAAACGUGUUUCAUCAGACUAAAAGGGAAAUUCUUUACAGUCUGGAAAGACAGACAAACUGACAAAUCGUCAAAGCCCAGGAAAUGUUGACAUUUUCAAUUCAGUCUCCAAGCUGCUGGUUUCAAGAACUGUGGUCAAAUAAGAGAUUUAGCAGCAUCUAGUGACUAUAAGGGGAAUUGCAACAAAAUGCUGUUUAGAGCAUCGCCUUUGGAGCAUCCUGAGCUUUAGUGUGACCUACCUUCAGAUCAACUGAAAGGGUUUCAUCUGUGGGAGUUUUUAUAAUGCCGGAUGUCAGUCUAAACUCUGCGUGUCACGAUUUCUGCUCUGUUCAGACCAGUUUUUACCCUGUCUCCUUUUAUACAGUUUAUGUCAGACAGUGUGAAUGUGCAUGCAGAGCAGUUUGUUGCAGCAUGUUGGGAUGUAAAAAAAAAAAGCUCUGACCCCGCCCUCCAGACACAUACGCAGAAUAUUACUGUAAAGAAUGGUUAGAAACUGUGAUGAGCAGCAGGAAGGCUGGGAUGAACCUGCUAUCACUCUGAAAUGCUGCUUUACUGUUUGACAGGUUUACAAGGAGAAUUACAGCAUUGCAGUCUGAAUAAAGCGAGCACUUACAUCAUAAAAAACA